UUUCCAUCCUUUAUUUCCUUGUUUCAGUCCUUUUUAGGGCGCAAGGAUGCCCCCCAAGAGACGAUCCUCGCGGAAAACAACUCGGACUCUCCCCCUUGAUACCGACUUCCCUCAAAUGGAACCCCUUGUUUACGACUCGGAUUUGUCCCCUGAUACUGACCACCUCAACACGGAAACAAGGCGAAGUAUGAGGAAACGGAAGAAGGUAUGCUACACGGAAAUAGAUGACGACUCGGAUUCUGACCAGACUGAUACCGACCACCCCCAUUUGGAUGAAGGUGACCACUCGGAUUCCGAACUCGGACAAGCCCAUCCCCACUCUGAUCACACGGAUGAUGGUGACAACUCGGCCCAUUCCAAUGACACCGACCACUCAAAUUCGGAUGACGAGCCCACCUCUGACCCCGAUCACCACUCUGCGGGUCAAGUGGAAGACGAAGACGACCAACUCUCCCCUCGUUCCACCCACCACUCUGCGGACAAGGAGAAGGCGGAAUAUACUUUUGACGCACCCCCAUCUCCAUCUCCACCACCACCGCGACUCAUUUUGACAUAUGGGGAUCGCGUCAUGGAGUACGUCCCUACCACGCCACUCCCACACAUGGCAGGAGCGCCCGUCACUUUUAACCUCUACAUGCAACAUGGAGAUGGACCUCUGCAUAGAGUUAAACUAAUGGCCAAUAUUCCACCCACCACUGGUAGCUCCACCACCACCAGCCCCAUCACUACAAGUUGAAUUGUGGCACCCACCCAAGGGGACGCUAAAAAGGGGAUUAUUAUGUUAUAUCCCAGGACAUCUUGGAAGAAGAAGAGUACCCGGAGGAGACUGCAACCCGCGCCAAACACGCUGAAUUUAUGGGAAUUUUGGCGACGUUGAUGGAAACAAUACUUAAGCAAGACUUCAAAGGACAU